AUGCCCAACGACGCCGACGCUGGCUUCACCAACGGCCACUCCAACGAGCGGACUGGCCUGCUCAACGGAGACAGCGGCCGUCAUGGCGGCGGCAGCCAGCGCUGGUCCCGCCGCGACGACCGGUUCUGGGUCUGGAUCCCCUGCGAGGCAGGCCACUUGACCUAUGCCACUCUCGCCAGCAACUAUAUCAACAUCCUGCUCGUCUUCGUGCCCCUCGGCCUGCUCUCAGGCUUCCUGAAAUGGUCUGCCACGGCCACCUUCGUGCUCAAUUUCAUUGCGAUCAUGCCCCUGGCCUCUCUCCUCAGCUUUGCGACGGAGGAGCUGGCCUCCACCCUGGGAGAGACGCUCGGUGGGCUGCUCAAUGCCACCUUUGGAAAUGCCGUCGAGCUCAUCGUCAGCAUCGUUGCUCUGUCCAAGAAUGAAAUUCGCAUUGUCCAGUCCAGCAUGUUGGGCAGCGUGCUCUCCAACAUCCUCCUUGUCCUGGGAUGCUGUUUCUUCUUCGGCGGAAUCAACUACCAUGAGCAGUCCUUCAACAGCACCGCGGCAUCCACCAUGUCUUCCAUGAUGACCGUUGCAUCGGCCUCCCUGAUCAUCCCAUCUACUCUCUAUGCAUCUCUCUCCUCCUCCAAGGCCGAUUCCAGGGAGAACAUUCUCUUCCUCUCCCACGGCACCGCCAUCAUUCUUCUCAUCGUGUAUAUCAUGUAUCUCUUCUUCCAGCUUCGAUCUCACCCUGACCUCUUCGAGAGCCCCAAUGUCGAGGCUGGUGAUACCAGAGAGGAAGAGGAAGAAGAGGAGCGCAUCCUCAACCCUUACGCUGCUUCCAUCUUGCUUCUCAUCGUCACUGUCCUGGUCUCAGGAUGCGCAGAGUACCUCGUCGGAAGUAUCGAACCCAUCGUCCAGUCUACCGGUAUGAGCAGGACUUUUAUCGGUCUUAUCCUUAUCCCUAUCGUCGGCAAUGCUGCCGAGCACGUUACUGCCGUUGUAGUCGCAUGCAAGAACAAGAUGGACCUGGCCAUCGGUGUCGCCAUCGGAAGCAGUCUGCAGAUCGCCCUCUUUGUGACUCCUUUCUUGGUCAUCCUCGGCUGGAUCAUGGACAAGGACAUGACCCUCCACUUCCAGACCUUUGAGACCGUUGCUUUCUUCAUCUCGGGGCUCGUCGUUACCAUCCUCAUUCAGGAUGGCAAGUCCAACUACCUCGAGGGUGGCCUCUGUCUUGGAAUGUACGUUAUCAUCGCUCUCGGAUUCUACGUCUACCCUGACGACGCAGGUGAUAUUGGCGCCGUUGCUUCUCAACUAGCCAGCCGUUUCGCCGUCUUCAUUUGA